UCUUUCAUUAUCCUUCAAUCUGUGAUUUUUUUACCCUCUCUGAAAGGGUGCUUUUGUUCUUUUGAAACUUAGUCAGGAAACGAGGAUUCUCGUCGGAAAAUGUACAGCUUGUCGACAAGAGUUAAAUAAUAAGAAUUUAACAGGCUGUUUUUAAUAAUUUUGCUCACCCUCUUUCCCCGCCAUAUUCACGCAGACUAUUACAUGUAUUUGCAUUAUUGUGUUAUUUAUAUAAGCAAGUUCUUCCCUCGGCGCUCGCCAUCACAACAGAAAAAGCGGGUGCGCGUGGUGCUGUAUGGAUUUCCACGUCCCGGAAGAACCGCUCUGAGACGAGAUAACGGCGGUGCCAUUCCAGAGGGCGAGGGCGACCCCAGUGGGUGAGAGUGCGCCACGGUGGUACCUGCGCGCGGGUGAACGAGGGAGAACUUCGGGUGGCCGCUGGGCUUACGAAUUUUAGUUGGGCCACGGAGCCUCGUUCUCACAUAACAACAAGUAUGCUAUGGCGGAAGGUGCUCCCGUGCUCUCAGCGAGGAUGAGAGAAAACUUAUUCAUUGGUGAUAAUGGAGUGGAUAGUAUUGACACAGCUUCACAAGGAAGCAGGGAUGAAAUUAUUGACAGAGAUCCCGGAUUUGUGGAAGACAGAUUUCGGGUAGACAGGAAAAAGUUGGAACAAAUGCUCCAACUCGUUCCGCCUAGCGAUGACACAGACGAGGGAGCCGAGGAGUUCUUCCAGAGGGUCAUGGAAGAGACAAAUACUCAGAUAACGUGGCCGUCCAAGCUGAAGAUCGGAGCCAAGUCCAAGAAAGACCCCCACAUUAAAGUGAUCGGCUACCCAGAGAACGUGAGCGCUGCCAAGUCCAAGAUCAUGAACGUUCUGGACACUAAGAGUAACCGAGUGACGCUCAAAAUGGACGUAUCCCACACGGAGCACUCCCACGUGAUCGGCAAGGGAGGCAACAACAUCAAGCGUGUCAUGAUGGAGACGGGCUGUCACAUCCACUUCCCGGACUCCAACCGCGGCAACAGCAUACAGGAGAAGAGCAAUCAGGUGUCUAUCGCUGGUCAGCCCGACGGAGUGGAGACUGCUCGGGCGCAGAUCAGGGAGUUGCUGCCCCUGGUGUUCAUGCUUGAACUUCCCGUGAGUUCCCCGUCCCUGAGCCCCGAGGCCAACUCGCCACUGAUCCAGCAGCUGCAGCAGGCGCACGGCGUGACCAUCACGGUGAAGCAGCGGGCGCGGACCACCUACGCCAGUAGCACGCUGGUGGUCAGGGGCUCCGUGCACAGCGCCAAGGGCGUCAAGCAAGCCACGGCACGCCUUAUGGAGACUCUGGCUGGAAACAUGAGCCUGCCGGUGUCCAUGCAGCUGGAGAUCGCGCCCCAGCACCACCUGUUCAUCAUCGGGCGCGGCGGCGUGAACAUCAAGCACAUCAUGCAGCGGACGGGCGCCAACAUCCUCUUCCCGGACCCCAACACGGCCUCGCCACAGCGCAAGGGUACCGUCUACAUCAGCGGCACGGUGGACAGCGUCUUCAUGGCGCGACAACAUCUUAUUUCUGUGAUUGUGAAGAGUAUUGAGAGAAAUGCUGCCAACAUGUAUCUGACUCGAGAAAUCCUGCUGGGCCUGAAGACAGAUGCUAAAAUUUCAGCAUUACACAGCAACAUAUUGAAAGGGGAUACACCACAUUUUGGUCUCUCUCUGGCUGGUCUCGGCUUCCUGAGUCCCAACAUGCUCAACAUGAACGCGGCCAACUUUGUGGUCAACGGUCAGCCCUCGGGGGGCAGCGCGGGAAUAAGUGGCUCCCCUUGCCCUGCCAGUCCUGUCAGUCCUAGCCACUGGCUUGCUCAGAAUCCCAGCACAGCUGUGUACAGCCCCCUGAUGGUGGUGACCCCAGCCAGCUCAGUGCCCUCUCUGGACGUCCUGAGCCCCAGCUCUAACGGCUUCCACCAUGACUUCAGCAGCAGCGCUUUCAUACGGGUGCCCACACCACACGAACCAGGUCACAGUAGUAACAACAGUGACUCCACCAGCCCCCCUCACAGUCCAUCCAACAGCCCCACACCUGUUGGACUCUGCAACACUGCAGCUGACCUGGCCAACCUUCAAAAGACAGGCACCCUGGGUGAGGCAUUGUCUCAGAGCACCACCUCCACUCUCCUGGCCGGGGUCAUACAGCACCAGCACGCACUGCAACAACAGCAACAACAACAGCAACAGCAGCAGCUUCACAAGUCUGCACAGCAGCAGCCACUACCACCACACCUGCAGCAGCACCACCACCACUGCCACCCCCAACAUGUGCACCACCACCACCAUCACCAACACCCACUUGACCUGCUCGGGUUGAGUAAAACGGCCUCCCUGACGCAGCUUAGCUCCAUGACUCAGUGCCCGCCCUCCCCUGCCCCGCUUUUCAACGGAUUGGCCCACCAUCCCAGACAUAUGAUGAACGGCGAUGAGCAAGUUGAUCCAUCUGGCCCAGUAGAGACAGAGCCCUCAGACAAGCUGGCACCAGGCAUUGAGCGCAAGAACUCGGCCACUUCCUUGUUCAACUCUCCACUGCAGUUCACUUUUGAUUAUGAGCAGAAGAAACUCCUGGCCAUGAAAGCCAUGCAGAAAAAACCGGAGGGAGAGUCUCGCAUCCCGACAGACAUCUGGGCUGGCAUGGGCUUCUCCAAGUCAAUGCCAGAGUCUGCCAUCAGAGACAAGCUGGGUCAGAUGGGCAUCAGCGCUCGCUGCACAGACGCGGCUUUCAACUCGGGUUAUGAGGCCAACCGGCCAGAAAUAGAUCUUAGCAUUGACAAAGACCUUUGGAACAACGAUGAGAGCCCAGAAAGAGGCUCAGCACUGGUCGGUCGGCCACUGAACAAGGCGCCUGGAGAGUAUCCGAGUCCAAGGAAAAAAUUCCAGUACGGUUUGAGCCAUAGCAACCACGUGGACAGUGCCAGUCUGCCCAGCAGCAAAGGCCUCUGGUCCACCAAGACGGACCUGGCCGAGCUCUUCAGUGCCCUGGGCCUCGGCAAAUACACAGACCUCUUCCAACAGCAGGAGAUCGACUUGUCCACAUUUCUCACCCUGAGUGACCAUGACCUCAAAGAGCUUGGAAUCUCAACAUUUGGAGCCAGACGCAAAAUGCUUCUAGCAAUUGCAGAUCUGAACAAACGACGUAACCUGAUGCCACACAAUACCAACUCCAGGCCACAUCUCAGGGCUGUCACGGGGGCGUCCCGUCUGGGGUCAGGUCUGUCCAGCCCAGACUCAGAUCGUGGGGACGCUGGUGGUAGUAGUGGUGGUGGCUCAGGACUGGCGCGAGGCGGCUGUGUGAGCGAGCUGUUCCCUUCACCCAACCCACCCUCGGCCCUCAUGAAUGCGCGGGGCGGACCUGAUCUCGGGAGUUUGAGUGGACACUGGUAGCCUUGGGCUCUGAGUGGGCCCACUGGCCCACUUACACACUCGUGCGCAGUCUCUGUACACAGAAAGCAUGUAUAAAUGCACACAGUGAAUGCAUAUGUUCACAUACACAGAUAUACUCACACUUGAUAUUGCCCCCAAUAUCUACACAUGUACACUUACACUUACAGAAUGUUUGCACAUAUACAUAAUCACAUACACACAUGCCCAUGUUCACACACACUCGCACACACAUAUAUAUAACUCACACACACAAACGCAUACACGCAUUCACACACACACAUGCCUUCUACCUACCUUUACACUGCGUCCACUAACCACAGUCUAUGGCCCUAAUGCUUAUGAUGACGGAAGUAACAACGAUGAUAUCGACGAAAUUUUUUUCGAUGGAUGAUGUCCAUUUGUUUCCCCCCCCCAGCCCUCGACAACAAUCUUGCUCAACUUUGAAUUGUGGACCUUGCUUGCGUGAAACGUGAUGAUUUGUAUGGUACAUUUUGUGUCCUGUCAUUUCAUGUAAAACUCCGCCCUCAGUGAUUUCUCAUCAUAUAUGUAUGGAUUUGAAGCUGUACAUAGAUAUUGUGAUUGUUUCUACCUGUUCUGUACUAGUUUUCUUAAUUAAUGAGAUGUAUCACCAAACCCCGAAAGCUUUGUUUGUUUUUAUUGUUUUAAUUUUUUUUUCAUGACAAGGAAUGUCGUUUUAGAAGUAGAGUUUUCUUCAUCAGUGGAUGAAAUCCCAGCCUCGAGUUUAGCACUGCUUUUAAGCCCCAUAUUCUGGGAAUUCCAUCGAUAAAGAAAUCCAGACUUUUCUCUCUGUAUAUCAAUUUGGGUAUUCCAUUUUAUCAGUGAUAUUAAUCCUUUCAAUGCGUCAGGUUUUCAUUCCUGAGAACGCUCCUAUUGUGUCUUUAUUACUUCUGUGACGCACUCGUAUGUCAGUCCAGAGGAUAAUAAGCAUUGCUUUGAAGUACCUAUAUGUCAGGAGUGUGUCCAAGGGGUUAAUUUGUUUAUUUGCUUGCUCUGUUUCAUUUUCCAUAUUUCCAUAUCUGCUUUUAUGUGACAUUGUUGGUUCGACAGUGCUGUAAAACUAAGGCUAUAACUUAAGCAUGCAGGAAAUUUGGGUGUCUUCAUUAUUAUUGUGUUGUAAGCAAAUUCUCAACCUAUACUAUUAAUUAAAGACCCUCAAAUUCAUACUCAAACACCAGCCAUCAAGGCUGAAGGUGAGUUUGUUGUUGUACCGAUUGGUCUACCUGUCAGAUUGAGUAUUCUUUUUUAGUUGAUCAUGCACUGUAAGAAAGAUCUUACGUCAGAAAUUGUAAUAUGUGGAUAGAACUCACCUUAUCCAGUGCCAUGACUUUUUAAAGAGAAAAUUAACCUGUGACAUCCAUUUGCUUAAGUUUACAUGUAUUAAAAAAGUUCCACUGUUUAGUAGAUUAUAAUUAGAUGUUUGAAAUAUUAAGUGUAAAGAGAUAAAAGCUUUGGUCAACCUUUUAUAACACUGAUUUCUUAAAAUGUCAUCCACUGUCAAGAUUUUCAUCCAUUGAUCCAGUUUGAUGUUGUAUAGUAGAUAAACCAAUAUGAAGGACUUUAGCACUCCGUCCAACCGGUUUAAACAAAUUUACUCAUUUCAUCAUUGCUCACAUUUUUUUUAGCAUAUCAAGUAUACAUUUGAUGAGAUUUAGUGUUUAGAAAGCAUCAAGAUUUCUCGUGUAGAUGCGACUCGCUUUAUGGCUUUCUUUUUCAUUUCGGCUCAAUUCAUAGUAAGCAUAAUGUAGUUUUGUUAAAACACAUCAGCAAAGUUUGUGUAGUGGCUUUGUUGAGCAUACAUCACCUGAGCGCAUAUUGUAGCUGUGCCAAGCCAAAGAUAGUACAUAACAAGAUAGUUUACUCCUCUCUUUGAGCCAAUUUUAAAAAAGCGUCCUCAAAAUGUGGUGGCGUCCUCUUGGAAAAAGCGCACCCUUUGCGAACAGUUACCCCUACUUGUGUGAAAAAAAA